AUGUUACCUUCUCCUGGAAAGGGAUCAAGCAAAUUUCAUAACAAUCCUACAUUUGGGCGCCGAGAUAGAAGUGAUAGUCUCGACUCCUUCGAUUUACAAUUUAAUAACUCAUUUGAUGCAGCUCUUGAUAAUCUGAAAAUAGGUAACAAUACAGAAAAUUUAAAUAGGAAAUCAAUAUCUGAUAGCAAGGAGAACUUUGAAAUGACAUCAAUUACUGGUAUGGAAUCCUCCCGUUCAAAUAACCAAAACAAAUCAAUGGAUAGAGAUAAUCGUCCUUUAAUACAUAACACUGAAGACCACUCCACGAACAAUGAGAACCCUCGUAAAUUUCAAAGUGUUCCAAGAACGGGACCAAUAAAUUCUUUUAUGUCAAUAUUUAAAAAUGCAUUCUCAAAUGGAAGUUUCGGUGUGGGCAAAAAUAAGUCAUCCAUAUCCUUAAACGAUGAUAUCACAGAAAGAGAAAUAUAUCCUGAUACAACACCAGUGUACGAUAAAUAUAAAUAUCCUUCAAACGAAGUAUCCAAUGCCAAAUACAAUGCUGUUACGUUUGUACCCACUUUAUUAUAUGAACAAUUUAAGUUUUUCUACAACCUAUACUUUUUAGUUGUUGCAUUAUCUCAAGCUGUUCCCGCAUUAAGGAUAGGUUAUUUAUCUUCAUAUAUUGUUCCAUUAGCAUUUGUUUUAACUGUUACAAUGUUGAAAGAAGCAAUGGACGACAUUCGAAGGAGAAGACGUGACAGAGAGUCAAAUAAUGAAUUAUACCAGGUUCUUGGAAAGCAGAUAUUAGUUCCAAGUAAGGACUUGAAAGUUGGUGAUAUUAUUAAAUUGAAUAAAGGCGAUAGAGUACCUGCAGAUUUAAUUCUUCUUCAAUCAAGCGAACCAUCUGGUGAAUCAUUUAUCAAAACAGAUCAAUUAGAUGGUGAAACAGAUUGGAAGUUAAGGAUUGCAUGUCCACUUACGCAAAAUGUUACUGAGGAAGAUCUUCAGAACAAAAUCAGCUUGACAGCCUCAGCUCCAGAAAAAUCAAUUAACAGAUUUCUUGGUAAGCUGACAUACAAAGGUUCUUCGUCAUCACCAUUAAGUGUUGAUAAUACAUUAUGGGCAAACACAGUGGUUGCAUCAACUGGUUGUUGUGUUGCCUGUGUUAUAUACACUGGUAGAGAUACAAGACAAGCAAUGAAUACUACUUCACCAACAGUGAAGACUGGGCUGCUAGAGUUAGAAAUCAAUAGCAUUUCAAAAAUUUUAUGUGCAUGUGUCUUCAUUUUGUCGAUAAUGUUAGUAGUUUUUGCUGGUUUCAGUAAUGCCGACUGGUAUGUUGAUAUUAUGCGUUACUUAAUUUUAUUCUCAACAAUUAUCCCUGUUUCAUUAAGGGUCAACUUGGAUUUAGCGAAAUCUGUGUAUGCCUAUCAAAUAGAACAUGAUAAUACAAUUCAAGAAACGAUAGUUAGGACAAGUACUAUUCCAGAGGAUCUUGGCCGUAUCGAAUAUUUAUUAAGUGAUAAAACCGGUACACUAACCCAGAAUGAUAUGCAGCUAAGAAAAAUUCAUCUCGGUUCAUCUGCAUUUAGCUCUGAAUCAAUGGAUAUGGUAACAGACUAUGUAGCAGAUUUAGUUGGUUCAAAUGGAAAGAGUUUUGGUAAUGCUAACUCUUCCAAAAAGAGUAACGAGAUAGGGUCAAGAGUGCGAGACUUGGUUGUUACACUAGCUAUUUGUCAUAAUGUUACACCAACUUUCGAAGACGACGAGAUAACUUACCAGGCUGCAUCUCCUGAUGAAAUUGCUAUUGUCAAAUUUACCGAAUCUGUAGGAUUGUCGCUUUUCAAAAGAGACCGUCAUUCUAUUACACUACUACACACUGCCACCGGAACAACAAUGUCAUAUCAAAUUCUACAAGUUUUUCCAUUCAACUCAGACACAAAACGUAUGGGUAUUAUCGUAUAUGAAGAACAAACCGAAGAAUAUUGGUUUUUCGAAAAAGGUGCUGAUACUGUCAUGGCCAAAAUUGUUGAGAGUAAUGUUUGGCUUGAAGAGGAAACUGGCAAUAUGGCUCGUGAAGGUCUUAGAACUUUAGUAAUAGGUAGAAAGAAAUUGACAAAGAAGGUAUACGAACAAUUUAAAGCAGAUUACUCAAAGGCGUCAUUAUCGAUGUUGAAUCGUGAUACUGAAAUGGCUAGGAUAAUUACAAAGUAUUUAGAGCAUGACUUAGAACUACAAGGUUUAACCGGAGUGGAAGAUAAGCUUCAAAAAGAUGUGAAAUCAUCUAUCGAGUUACUAAGAAAUGCAGGUAUUAAAAUCUGGAUGUUAACAGGGGAUAAAGUUGAAACAGCACGCUGUGUUUCUAUUAGUGCUAAAUUGAUUGCCCGUGGACAAUAUGUUCAUAUAAUUACGAAACUUACGAAACCAGAAGGUGCAUUGAGUCAAUUGGAAUAUCUGAAGGUGAACAAAAAUGCCUGUUUGUUGAUAGAUGGUGAUUCAUUAGGGAUGUUCUUACAUUAUUAUAGACAAGAAUUUUUUGAUGUUGCAAUCUUUCUCCCAACCGUCAUUGCUUGCCGUUGUACCCCACAGCAAAAGGCUGAUGUUGCUUUGAUUAUUCGUGAAUUAACAGGUAAGAGAGUCUGUUGUAUUGGUGAUGGUGGUAAUGAUGUUAGUAUGAUUCAAAGUGCUGAUGUUGGUGUAGGUAUUGUUGGUAAAGAAGGUAAACAAGCUUCUCUAGCAGCUGAUUUCUCAAUAACGCAAUUUUGUCAUUUAACUGAAUUAUUACUAUGGCAUGGUAGAAAUUCAUAUAAGAGAUCGGCCAAAUUAGCUCAAUUUGUGAUGCAUAGAGGGCUAAUUAUCGCUGUAUGCCAAGCCGUAUUUUCCAUAUGUUCUAAGUUUGAGCCAAUUGCACUUUACCAAGGUUGGCUAAUGGUCGGUUAUGCAACAUGCUAUACAAUGGCUCCUGUUUUUUCGUUAACUUUGGAUCACGAUAUUGACGAAUCGUUGACAAAAAUGUACCCUGAGUUAUACAAGGACUUGACAGAAGGCAAAAGUUUAUCUUACAAAACAUUCUUUGUUUGGUGUGCACUAUCCAUGUACCAAGGUUGUGUUAUUCAAGGAUUCUCUCAAUCGUUUACUGGUAUUGAAGAAAUAUUCUUCCUCAAGAUGGUAGCCAUUAGUUUCACUGUCUUGGUGUUUAAUGAAUUAGUCAUGGUCGCAUUAGAAAUAAAUACAUGGAAUAAAAUUAUGGCCAUCACGGAGCUGCUAACUUUCUUAUUAUACGUGGUAUCGGUACCAUUUUUGGGUGAAUAUUUCGAUCUUGAAUAUAUGAAAACUCUAAGGUUUAUUGGUGAACUUUUAUUUAUACUACUAAUAUCAGUGUUUCCUGUGUGGGCAGCAAAAUCAAUCUACAGAGGAUUACAUCCUCCAAGUUACGCAAAAGUGCAAGAAUUUUCUGGUGUAUGA